AUGUGGCGCCUCGCUGUCAUUACUUUCACGCUCAUUUGGGCGCCCUCCCUUCAACAAUUCCCUCGCCCAUGUGCCACCCGCCAAGCCCUGCUCACCAAGGAGUGCUGCCCAUCUUGGGAAGGGGACGGCUCGGCCUGCGGGGCCAGCUCCGGUCGGGGCUUCUGCCAAGAUGUGGAGAUGUCGGAUGCCCCGGACGGCCCCCAGUACCCCUACAGAGGGGUGGACGACCGGGAAAAGUGGCCACUGGUCUUCUUUAACCGCACCUGCCAGUGCACAGGUAACUUCAUGGGUUUCAACUGUGGGGACUGCAAGUUUGGCUACUUUGGGGAGAACUGCAACGAGAAGAGGCAAACCCUCAGGAGGAACAUAUUCCACUUGUCCCGAGGGGAGAGAAUCAGACUGGUGUCCUACCUGAACCUGGCCAAACAGACGGUCAGUAGCGACUACGUGGUCCUCACGGGGACCUACCAGGAGAUGGACAACGGCUCCAACCCCAUGUUCGCCAAUGUGUCUGUGUAUGAUGUAUUCGUGUGGAUGCACUACUACGUGUCCCAUGAUGCUCUACUGGGCGGGUCGGGCAACGUGUGGGCUGAUGUGGAUUUUGCCCACUGGGCGCCGGCAUUCCUCCCUUGGCAUCGCGUCUACCUGCUGCACUGGGAGCACGAGAUCAGGAAGCUGGUUGGGGACGGCAGCUUCUCCAUUCCAUACUGGGACUGGAGGGACGCCCAAGGAUGUGAUGUGUGCACGGACGAGUUGAUGGGAGGCCGGAGCACCCAGGACUCCAGUUUGCUCAGUCCUGGUUCUAUUUUCUCGUCUUGGAGGGUGCUGUGUUCCCAAGCGCAGGACUACAACGACCGGGGUGUCCUGUGCGACGCUAGGGCGGAGGGUCUGUUGCGACGUAACCCAGGCAAUCACAACCGGAAUGUGGUGGAGCGGCUGCCGACCUCCGCCGACGUGGCGUUCACCCUCAGCUUGGCCAACUACGACUCGGGCGCCAUGGACCGCACGGCCAACAUGAGCUUUAGGAACACCAUGGAAGGAUUCGGGGACCCCCAGACAGGAUUGGGUAGCAGCACUCGUAUGGGCAUGCAUGCUGCCCUCCAUGUCUUCAUGAACGGCUCUAUGUCCUCAGUGCAGGGUUCUGCCAACGACCCCAUAUUCCUUCUGCACCACGCCUUUGUUGACAGCCUCUACGAGGAAUGGCUCAGGAGGCAUAGCCCCGACCCAUCCCAGUAUCCAUCUUCUAACGCCCCGAUUGGGCACAACAGCGGGUACUACAUGGUUCCCUUCCUGCCCCUGCACAGAAACAUAGAAUACUUCACAUCCAGCAAAGAUCUGGGGUACGAGUACUCCCGUCUGCUGGAUGCCACCCAGCGUCUGUCUGAGGCCAUGCGUCCCUACUUGGAGCAGCUGCAGGACGUCUGGCCCUGGCUACUGCUAGCAGGCCUCUGUGGAGGAUGUGUGUCGGUGAGCGUGGCUGCGGCGGUGCUAAAGGUCAAGCGGCCGGUUCUGGGAUGGCGACAGCUUAGUGAGUGGCGUUGGAAAAGGUUAUUCACCUUCCACGAGAGGCAGCCGCUUAUUAGGGAGGACGGUUUGGAAAACAGCAAAGUCCGCAGCUACCAAAUGGCCAUGUGAGGACAUGCUUUACUUCCAGCGGCCGCGUCAUUCAGAACAAUUCAAAAAUUACGUUGUACUAAAAAAAAAACCCCCAAAACUACAAGUUGGUAUUACAAUAAA